CUGGGCUGCGCGCCUGCCUCGGUUUCCCCACUGCCCGUUUUUCAGGCUUGCUUACCACUAAGUGUGGUGCACCUUCUGUUGUUCGCCAGGGUCCCUCGCACCUGCCCGGGGAUGCCGGAGCCUGGUGCUCGCCGAUGGGCCCCUCCAGCGCCUGUCCCCGUGUUUGAGCCUCGCGGGGAGGCCCUCAGCGCAUGCUUGUUGACUGAGUGAGUGGUGAGUUUGCCAACGCUUACCAGGUGCUGUGCUGGUAGAGCUGUAUGGAGAGACCCACAGAGACACACAUGGACACGCCAAGGGCACAGACAGGUGCACGACUCAGGAGGGGUGACAUCACUCCUGAGAAGCAGAGAGUUUAGGACUCCAGAGCGGCUAACGGUGACACGGACAAUGAUGGCAUUUCUGGGGACAGAAAUGCACGGAGGGAGAGGAUCUAAAAAAUUUGCAAGCACUAGAAAUGGACUGAGAGGAAAGGGAAGACACGUUGGUUUGAUUUUCAAGAGACUUUAAUUGCUGCUUUUUACGAAGUAGAUGGAGUACUUGAGCUGACACGAACCGCAGAGGCGCGGGAGCGUGGGGUCAAGUGCCUCUUCUCGUCGGUGCCAUUCUUAUCCCCAUUUUAUAGAUGGAGAAACUGAGCCCAUCAACCUUAAACAGCAGGCCCAAGGUUCUGGCACUGGACGGGCAGGCCUAGAGCCUGGCUCUUGUUCCGGAAUCGAAUACUGUUUUUGCCGAGACAGCCAACUCGAACCCUUCCUGGAAGCCAAUUACAAUAUUCUUUUGCCUUUUCUCCAGAAUGUGAACUUGCUAAAUCAAAUUCCCAGUGAAGUGUGGCACAAUCCAGCUACUCUCCGCCUUUGCCAGACUUUGGAAAACACACUUGUGUAUACAGUUGACUCUUGACCGGCGUGGGGGGUGGGUGGGGAGGGGCGCCAACCCUUUGUGAGAUCUGUCAGAUUAUAUACUGUAUUCUUGCAGUAAAGUGAGCUAGAGAAAAUGCCAUUAAGAAGAGAAAAUACCUCUACCGUCCUGUGCUGUAAGAAAUCCACGUCUCAGUGGACCUGGGUCGUUCGACCCGUGUUGAUCAGGGGUCACGUGUGCUUGAACUCCGACCGCCCUGUGCCGGGCACUCUGGAGGGUGGUGCUCACCGGUCCCAUCUUGCCUGAGGGCUCUGGGUCCAGAGGCCGGUGGGCACUCAGCAAAUAGGACUGACAGCUCUUCUUCCCCAGCUACCCGUACUUGUUCUCCGGUUCAGCUCACCCUCCUUUGCUUGUUUUGAGCAAAAAGUCUCCAAGCAGCCGGAGGUAAUAGGUAAUUAACACACUUGAGAGCUGUUAAGUGGGAUAAUCAUCUGUCUUUAUCCUGGAGAAGGCUCUCCUUUGGGAGCUGAUGGUGCUGCUCAGGCCCCAGGCUGCUACCAGGUUCGCUCUAUUAAGAAACUGUCUGUGGUGCCUGUUCACGAGAGAUUUGGGGACAGAAGCCUCCCGUGGAUGGGACCGGGAGUCCGGAGGAGAGCUGGAGCUCCUUGCCAUCACGUGGGCCUGGGAGGGCAGCAUGGGUGGGCACGGCUGGCCUCCAAGCCUAGAUUCUGUGGGGCUUUAGGAGACGGUGACUCCGACCUGGAGACUGAUUCACCCACCGUGUGCCUGAUUUUCCACUCCGGGCUGAGGGCAACAUAGGGCAGAAGCCCCCUAGCUGUCCUGUGGCCUUCCCCGGUCAGGAGAGAUCACCACGGCCAUUCCUUGCCGUCUCGCGGCUGUAAGAAGCUGGUACGAAGGAUUUCCGGGCUCCAUGUCAUCUCCACAGGAGAUUUGUAGGUUAUAUCAUUCCAGGACGUGACUGUCUCAAGCCACAGUGAAGGCAGACACCAGUGCCCCGUGGGGAUGCCCUUUGCCCGGACACUCCACCUUCCCCAGAGCAGCGUCCUCCGGACCUCAGCUGAGUUCCCUCCAAGGAGCGCAUUCAGAACACGUGUGUCAUGUCUCCCCUCCUCCUGAAUCGAGCUGCUUGCACGCUGUGCUUCGGCUCGUGUCCGGUGGUGCUCCAGACUCCACGCGCCGUGCACACUCGCACCGCGGUCUCUGCUCACCGGACUGCUCGGCGUUCACACCUGGCUAGUGCUCACAAUACGGAUCUGCUGAGUGCGUAAAUGGGCUCUUCAGCACCAGCAGGCAGGCUUGUGAAACCCUUGCCCUUCUGCCCUUCUUCUAGAACAUUCCCUCCCGUUGGCAUCUCUCCUCUCCACAGUCUGAGCUUUUGCCUAAUCACUCCCUGUAUCCUGACCCCAGUUCCUACUCCCACCAUCCCUGGCUUAAAGAAAAGGAGUGAAGGAGUGGGUGGCCAAGUGUGACUUCAGAUCUCUCUGGAUUCCCGCCGGCGGGCUGGUUGAGGUCGAACGCUUCAACUGGCUGGCACCACGAAAUGGGCAACGCUCAGCCCAACCACAGCCCAGCCGUCGGGGUCUCUGCUAAUGAUGCCCUCUGAGGCCUGCAGGGGGCCGCGCCGCCCGCCCCGUCUGCAGCUGGCCUGGCUCUUGCCCUGCUGCCCUCCAGGAGCCCUCUGCCCAGAGCGACUACAGAGAAAGUGGCCUCUGGAGCGGAGGGACUCAGAAGAGGGUUUCCUGCCAGUGCUUGGGAUGCUCUUCUCCUCGUCUUCCAGUUCAGCGAAAUCUCAACUUCCCAGCUGGUGCUUCCGGAAUACUCCAUCCACAGCCUAUUCUGCAUCAUGUUCCUGUGCGCUCAGGAGUGGCUCACCCUGGGGCUGAACGUCCCUCUACUUUUCUAUCACUUCUGGAGGUAUUUCCACUGUCCAGCGGACAGCUCGGAGCUCGCCUACGACCCGCCGGCGGUCAUGAACGCGGACACCUUGAGCUACUGUCAGAAGGAGGCCUGGUGCAAACUCGCGUUUUAUCUCCUGUCCUUCUUCUACUACCUUUACUGCAUGAUCUACACGCUAGUGAGCUCUUAACUCAGACCGCUCACGUCCUCCGAGGCUGAGUUCACGGGAGCCGGGCCCAGACGGGGACGCGUGAGAGACACCUGCGGACUGAGGGCCCCUGCAGCAGCAGUGGGCCAAGGGGUCGCUGCCCAGCCUGCAUUCAGGGUGUGGUCCCUUUGGGGCCGUGGGCCCUCUCCUGGGCAAGGACUGCUGCUUCCUGAGCGCACGCACUUCUCCGACAUCUCCGUGCCGUGCACGCUGAGCCCCGGGGCCGCGGGAGGGGUGGCUGACAGGCUGCCCGGGGCCUGCCCAGGACGGAAUGACCCAGGAUCCAGGCCGAGUGUGUGGCACCCCCUGAGCCUCGUGUUUCUUCUGACCACUGGCCAUGCCCCGCGCUUCUGUGGGACGGCCUGGAGAGCGCACACAUUGGCCUCUGAGCCCUGACCGGCCCCGAGCCCGCGGGCUGUUUGCGCACUCUGUGGUGGGAGAGCCGGCUCUGCGACCCCAGGAACGCAGCGUGGGGCUGUCCAUCCGUCCUGAGUUAUGUCCAAAGUCGAGGGGAGGUGGGAAUCCGAGGGAAGAAUGAUUUUGUAAAACAUUCACAGGCUCAAAGUGUUAGUUCUUGGCCCCCAUGAGCUGUACUCUUGGGCUGUCAAUCCAGAGCACCACAGAGCCCAUGAGCGUGGAUCGAUGGCUCCACAUUGUCACAGCCACCCUGAGUCGAGGACCCCGAGCAGCCACGUGCCCAGAAAGCACUGCGGUCCCUGCUCUGCGCCCGCGGCUGGGAAGUGACACGGCACAGUCAUAUGUUGCUGCAUCGUUCACGCGGGGACAUUUGCUUGUUGAGAAUUUUCCGUUUGACAAUCUGUCCUCUGUGGGUAGCCGCUGUUCUAGGGGCUUGUAAAUAAUGACAAGGCUGAGAUGUUCCAUGUGGAUUGGGCACAGUGAUUUCCACCUUGUUCCCAGAACUUGCUUGUUUGCUUCUGUUGGACACGCACAGACUGCUUAUACCUGUGUCCAGCUCCCGGCGGAGGCCCGUGCCUCAGGCUUAUGAAUGGUGUUGGUGUGACACGCCGUGCACACGUUUGCAUGCCGUGGCAGGUCCAGUGUCUCACGUACCUGGCUGGUCUCGUUUAAACCCCAUGACAGGCUGCAUUCGGCUCUGCGGGGUUGGCACAUUAGAAAAAAAGUUUCCAAAAGGUGUUUUGCUUCUAAAAUUGUACAGAGAACAAAACUCAGACUUCUGCUCUGAGGCUGAAGGUAUAAAACCAGGGGAUUCUGGGCGGUAUUUUGGGGACCAGACUUCCCUUUGUCCAGGCUGGCUAGCUGGGGCUGGGGGGCGAGCUGCAUGUGGGGCCAGCUGGCCCCAUAUCUGACCCCCUUCCUGAGAAGACCGGCUGCGAGAGCCCUGACUCGCCAUACUUCUCACCCUCGAGCUGCUUUGUUUGCUGUUGUACUUUGCCUCCUUCCAGAAGGAUGCGCAGUGGUCCGUAAUAGCAGACACAGUUACCCAGAGACCACUGAAAUGGAAGUAGGGAGCUCAGACCCACAGAGGAGGACACACCGACAUCCCAAGGUUCUGAUUCCUGAGACUGACCUUGAAUGUUGCCUUCUCUUCGCAGCAAAGGGUAGCCCACAUUCGCCUAGGCUGCUUUCAUGUCCUCUUUGACCUUCCUCAUGGUCCUCUGAGGUCGAUACUCUUCUUUUUCCCAUUUUCUAAGGGAGGAGGCAGAAGCUAAGAGAGGGUAAGCGACUUACCCAUAGUCACUCAGCAGCCACAGACCUGCCUCUACACCCAGGUCGUCUGACUUCAAAACCCCGUGUCCUUUCCAUCACCCGAGAGCCAGCGAAGCAGCUCAGGCCCCUGCGACAGUUGGAUUAGCACACAUUUUUGGAGAAAAGGAGAUUUAAAGCCACAGAGCUAUAGACAAAGUGCCUGGUUUCUGCUCCUUCUGUGCGGGCCUCAGCCUUGCUUCGCCGUGGCGGGUUCUUCCCUGAGGGGCUCCCCUGAAAGCUGGCAGAGCUGCAAGUGCACGAACACCCCAGCGCUCCCCUCCCACAAGCUGCAAACCCGAACCAUCUCUGCUGGUCUGGCGGGGGCUUGAGCCGGUUUUCGGGUCCUGUGAGAGCUAAUCACGAGCACAGGGGUGAACAGCUGCUGGAGCCGCGCCAGGUGCCAUGACCUCGCCCAGCCCACAACAACCCCACAAAGCAGCUGGGCGUUACCAACCAGGAGGCCAGGGACGCUCGGGUGGGUGAGUCUGCCCCAGGGACCGAGCCAGACCGGGGCUCGGGGCUGCGCCUCAGUGGGGGAUGGUGACCACAGCUCUGAACCCAGGUGUCGGCCGUUGCUCCAGGCGCUCGCAUCUCGCGGCACCGUGGGGUCCACGUUAUCCGCGUUUAUAGACGAAGACGUUCUGGGACCUCAGAGACCCUCAGCGAGGGAGGGGCGGGCAGAGCUGGGGCCGGCAUCGAAGCCCCCAUGUGCCCCCCCAUAACGUUGCCUGCUGGGAUAUCUUCACCUGUCUGUUUGUCCCACAGUCGAGGGGGGAGGGCAGAGCAGGGGACAGUGCCCUGGGUACAUCCCAAAGCGGCUCUCCCUGCCUGGCACGGCUCUGGGCACUGGGAGAGAGGUUCUCAGGGGCACAGGUGUCAGGGAAGGUGCCGUGGGGACCCGAUUCCUAUUUCCUUGGAGGGGCAGAGCCGUAGGCCUGGCUGUGCCCAAAGGGGCAGAGCAGGACUGGGGGGGGGUCACUUACUUUCCAUGUCACUAAGUUGAGGUGGAUGAUGACACCCACUACACUGACCUGUUGGAUUAAAUGAGGUCAUAUUUGCAAAGAACCGGGAAGAGUGCCCUGCACGUGGGAAGUCAGGUAAGAGGUCCCCCCUCUGUGCGAGGUGGGUCCCCCUCGCUGUCCUCAUUGUGCCCUGUGCGCAUCCUGGUCCCGGGCCUCUGGAGGGAGGGGGGAUGUCACCUGGACCAGCUGUCCGCCUGACGCCUCGUUCCGGCCACAGUAUCCUGACCCCUCUUUCCCGCGCUGUGCUCUCCAGCCUGUGCUGGCCGCUCUCCAACGCUUGCCCCGCGCAGGCCCCGUGCAGAGCAUGCGACGCGCACGGUCUCACCUUAACCCCCACGACAAUAUCGCGAAGUAGGGGCUGUCACUGGUCCGGUUCAUAGUUUAAGUACUGAAGCUGGUGGAGGUUACGCCAGUGACAGUUACCAGUGACGCGUGGAGCCUCGACUCCAACCCACGUCUGUUUGUCCCCAGGGCCUUGAGCCCUUUGCACUCCUGAAGGGGUGAUGCUGGACAGGGCCGGAGGAGGGAGAACGGGAGGGACGCUGUCCCAGGAGCGUGGCCAGCACACCUGCCUUCUCCAUAGCCAGUAGCUAAGGGUACAUGACCCGACAUUCGGGAGGGUCUGCGCUACGGGGUCUUGUGCAAGCUUCCCGAUGUUUCUGAAACUGAGCUGUCCCGUCCGUAAGGUGGGGCAAGACUACCUCCCUUGCUAGUGUGGUUGCGAUCAUCAAAGUGAGUUAUGUGCAUAGGGCUUGUGCAGGGGGCUCAGCACACCUUGGUCCUCAGUGUCCAGCUUCCCUCCCCACCACAGACGUGAAGGGAGCCUUCCUGGAAUUGAACGCUAGCUGCUUGCCUCCCACCCCCCAGUCCUGCGGCCGGCCGGCACGGGAUCCCGGGGAACAGGGCUCAGCCCUCUCGAGAUCUCCCCUGUGCUUCCUGUUUGUAGGCUUGGCCAUUGCACCGAUGUUGAAUGAAGUUAUCGCUGUUGGGGCAGUUUUGUUCUCUCCCGAGAGAGGCGAGUGGAGCUGCUUUGACAACUGCACAGACCCCUCCUAACCCUUCCUGUUCCCGGGCUGGGGCUGUUCCUUUCCAAACUGUGCGCUGGUGAAGCGGUCUGGGUCUCAGGCGGCCUGGGCUGCGAGGCUUGGGCAGAGGGCUGCGGCCGCUGCUGUCACUGGGGCGCUCCCUGGCUUGGGUUUUGGCUGCCCCCGCACCCAGGAGCCGGGCAGGGUAGCAGGCCCCCCGGGCUUUGCCCCACAUCGCCACGGCCGUUUCUGCUCCUGUUCAGCUCUGCUCAGAUAGCUCCGGGCCCCCCAGGAGUGUCUUCCUGUGCUGAACCUGACCCCUCAGCCACCACAUGACGCCCACGCAGGCUUCCUUCCCAGCUGGUGAGUGCUGGGCUGUGGAGCCGCUCCUUACAUUUCUUAGGGCUCUUGCUCUGAGCACGGCCCUUCUGAAAACGGCUUAUGUAAGCUCACAAUGAAAUAAAUCAUAUUCAAAACAAAGGUAACGAAGAGUCAAAACUCACCACCUCCUGGUUAUUUCAGGACAUCUUGCCAUGCUCUGUGCUCUGUGCUGUGCGUACGGGGGAUCACCAUGUAAGCAUAGCGAUCUGCGUCCUCCCUGGGGUGCCCUGGCAGCUCGAAAUCAGCCCGGUCGGAGUGUGUGCACCUGCAGCAGAUCGCGUGCCCUCCCCUGCCUCGCACGCCUCCCCCGGGCUCAUUGCUGAACGUUGACCAGUACCCGGGGUUCACGUCCACCCGUCCGCGGCACGGCCAUGUGGCAGCUGGUGGCCAGCCCUGCCGAGGGCAUGCGCACCAGAGCCCAGUGUCCAGGGCUCUCGGGGUUGGACCUGCCUCCCACACAGGCAGUGACACCAGUGGCUCUCAUUUAUGUGCUUUUGUCCCCGAGAGAUGAUCGGACAGUAGACUUUUCAGCUGUAAGGCUUGAGGGCCUGCACAUAACGUGAGAACACGGCUGAGCGCGAACGUGCUUCUGUACUUGUGCCCCAGUGCCCUUGAAUUACCUUGGGGGCAGCUGUCCUUCCUGUCCACCACCUGGACGCUGGGUCCUGUCCCUGGGGUCUUCCAUGUCCUGCAGCUGAAUGCCUGGGUCCUGGGUGAGUGCUGGGGUGAAUACUGACCACACUUCGCGCGUUAUGCGUCCCGUGGGGGGCUGACGAGGGUCCAGGGCGUCUCCGGGUGCCUGCAGCCAUGCUUUGCACACAGAACGAGCUCGGGAACCACAGCUUUUCUCUGCUCGGCUCUGCAGGCUGUUGAGUGUGGUGUCUGCUCCCAGCCAGCCAUGCGGCUGUGGUUCCUCCCCACACACCCCUCCCCCAGGCAGGCCCCUCUCCUCCUGGACCAGGUACCUCAGGGGCAAACACGCACCUGCUGGUGGAGAGAUGCACCGGCACAGGGAGGCUGUUUGGCUUCCGGAAGGAAUCCUGGCAGCUGGCAGAGAGACUUACAGACCACGGCAGAGUUUCUGUCCCAAUGCCAUGCCCAGGCUCUGAGCAGAAGACCCUGGCCCUUUCAGAAAUGCUUGGCACCUUGGAGAAACAGCAUCACCUUUCCGAUAGGAAUAUAUCUCUGAGAUUCCAGAGCAGGGGACCUGGGGGAAAGGAGAACUGGUUAAGCACCAGUCCCCACAUUAAAUUAUAAAGAGAGGCAUCCAUUGGGCCCCCAAGCCGGGGACGGCCUGUUUUGACUGCGGCAAUGAAAACAGCAGGGCAGAGCUGGAGGCUCUUGGGGAAAUGUUGCUGGUCGGCGGCAUCAGGGCACAGGUCUUGUGAUGCUGUUCUGACUUUCCCACAGCUCCGCAGGGAGUAAGUGUGAUGUUGAGGUGACGUUCUGGGCUCCACGGGCUGCAGAGAGCCGUCUGCGUGGAGGGGUGCUGGGUGAAAGCAGAGAUCUGUGGUCAAGCACCUGUGGGCCCUGCAGGGCUAAACACACCCGCAGAUUUUCCCCAAUCGCCCUUGCAGGGAGCUCGGGUCCCGGCAUCAAGGGGGAGGCUGGUCUGCAGGGCACUCGCUGUGAAGUGUGGCCCUGGGGACUCCGAGGGAGGAGUGGGGCAGAGCCCUCUGGUCGAGGGUGGCCUGAGACAUGAGCGUGUAUUGGGGUGGGAUGGGUCCACACAGGGACCUAAGGAUGGGAAUGAGUGUGAAAAGGUGGGGCUUGCCCCAAAUUGGAGAAUGGCACUAAUGAGAAUUAAUCCACAUAAUCCAAGUGCAGAAAAAGGUAGGAAGGGCUGGAUUCAGGAUCCCCUGGAUCAUAAGCUCUAUGAGGAUAGGCUUUCAUUAGGUAGCUCCAGAGCCGGGCUUGGUUCUCAUGAGACUGCCACAAAUCCAUGUUGAAUGAAAUUUUGGAUCCCUUCUAGAAUCAGCAGGAAGCCGAGAGAGCCACUCCGGUCCGUGGGAACCGGUGUCCUGGGAGGAAUGUGGAGGCCUCAUGCAGCUGCGUCCUGGAUAUGCCUUGUUGGGCCCAGUAGUGAUAAAGCAGGUGCAAGCACGGCCGGUGCAUCUGCAGGUGCCCCUCUCUGCAAAGACCUCUCUGGGCUCGUUCUUCUCGGAAUCAGGAAAACACAACCCCUAGACCCACAGGAGCAGAUGGUGGCUCUCCAGAGUCAUGGAGUGACCAACCCUAGACUCCAGCUUAGAAAACCUUGAGGGAAAAAAGAGCCAGGCCUUGGGUUGCGGCUCCCUGGCAUGUGGAAGCAGCUGCAGUCCAGCCCUUAAGCAUUGCUCCUGGCAGACAGGGGUCUCCCCACGGGCCCUGGGGGUUCUCCCGGCUGGGGCCGCAGAGGGGAGGGCGAGGGUGAGAAUGGUGGGUGGACAGUGACAAUGACUUUAGGCCCAACCACUUCUGCAACAUGGCCCUCUGUUCAGGCCCAGCUUGGGGGCUGGUGGGCCUGGUCCCAAGGAGAGCAGGGGGGCGGCCAGGGUCGAGCCAGAUAAUACAGAUCGUGGGUUCGGUUCUGAUGUCCUGUAAGUCCAGGUGGUUCCAGCUGUGGUGUAACAGGGAGGCUGACUCCAUUUUCCAUGUGUGUUUGCUGACCGCUUCUGGGCCUCCUCAGCCCCUCUUCCUCUUCCCUACAUCUGGGCCAGCUGAGGAGAGGGUCUGCAUGCUCCCUCCCUCGAUACCGGGGGUGGGGAGUUCCAGCCGCACAAAACCCAGCCUGUGUGUGGGACCCCUCGCCCUAGUCCCACCCCCGAUCAUAACAGAAGCCAGACCCCUCCUCAUUCUCCAGCCAUCCUGUUGGGAGCCUGCCCUGCUCCCCCGAGAGACUCAUCAUGUCAGUUAUAAACUCUUUCUUCCUCUUGGUCCACGUGUGGCAUCGGGCUCAACAUGCAAGUCAAAUUUUGAGUGGGGGGUUGGUCCAGCCCCUACUUCAGGGCAAGCAAACAUGUGGUUACUGGUAGAUGCUAGAUGCACAAGGAGCUUAUUUCUGGCUCAUUCUGGUCUAAGGGAGAAGCUUCUGGUCCAGUGGCCUCCCAUGAGCUCAUUGGAGGCUGGACCCUUCCAUCUUGUAGCCCCACCUGUUUGAGGCCUUUAGGAUUGUCUGUGUUGUCAACAGCAGGGAAGAGCAUGGAGGGUCAGGUGCACGCUGCUCUUCACAGGCCUGGCGCUCAGGUGUGCAGCCCACCCACGCAGAAGACGUGCCCUGCAGCCAGGCAGUGAGCACGCAGCAGCACCUCCCAUGGGCAUGCGGACUGUCAGUUGGCCAUCGAGGGGGUGUUAGGUAGUGGGGUAGAGUCUGAGGAAGAAGUUCUGGGUGAGUGCCGUACAUUCAUAAAUAGCCUUCUGGGCGAUGAGAGAGGAAGAGGAAAGAAAAGGAAAAGAUAAUUUUAUUCACAAUAUCCUUUCUGGUUGGUUUUCAUGCUUGAGGCUUGCCUUCUACAAUCUCACCCAAAGCAGUGGGUGUGGGUGGGGGGCAGGAGAAAGCAGGCAGGAAGAUGUGGGUCCCUUCCCUGUGAGUCAGAGUCAGCUGCUUGGGCACACUCACGCACACACCCCUCACACACACGUGCACACACUCACAUGCUCAUAUAGGUGCACGCACACACGUACAUACUCUCAUUUGCACACAUUAACAUAUGUGUGCACACACUCAUACACACAUGUACAUACACGUGCACACACUCACACACACUCAUAUGUGCACGCACACUCACACAUACAUACUCCUAUGUGCAUGCACACACUCACUCAUACACUCACACACAUACGCACACACACUUUUUCUCAUGAUCGGUCCCUCCAGUCUCCUGCCCUUCUAAGCCUCGGAUGAGAAGGAAAAGGAAGUAGCAGGAGAACAGGAGGGGAGGGAGGGUGGAGAGCAGAGGAGAGACGAAGUCGGUCAGCUAUUUUAAGGACAUGAAAGUCUUCUCGUAAGUCAUUACAGUAUCCUUGCCAGUUCAUUUCCUUUCUAAUGAAGUUGAAAGGUAAUCUGAUACGUUUCAUUAUCUCUGCAAAUAAUUCAUAAGUUCAGAUGAACUCAGAACCAUGACAUAGCAUGUAGGAGGAUUUCAAGGUCUGGCAAGGUGAUAAUUACAGGACCGCACUGGAGCUGACAGCUGGUAUUGCAAUGAUCUCCUUUUAUUGAGGUUCUCUGUGCGAUUAGGAAAAAACCAGCAAACUGAGUUAAGUUCAGUGGCUGCUGCUGCCCCAGUUUAGACCCCUGGAGCCGUGUGUGGUGUGUGUGCAGAGCCUCUGUGGCUGAUGCAGGGCUCUGCAGGCAGAGGACUCUCAUGCGUGGCCCAUGAGGAGAGCAGCUCAGAUGUGUGCAGAAGAAUGGCAGGUUCAGUUGCAGAAUCCUGGAGAAGCCCAAGAAAGAGAAUCAGAACUCAGUUAUCAGCACAAGCCAGCUCGUUUGUGAGAGCUUAGGCUGGACACAUAUGCUAUGUCCGUUCUGCAUCUCUCAGGUGAAGACAGAGCAUAAAUGUUUGUCUGGUGGACCAGGAGGAAAGGUGAUGCCUUCUGGAAGCAGUAAGCAUGGCUUUGUGGUGAGUAUGCUUGAGCUGGCAGAAUAUCUUCCACAGCCUUGAAAUACGUGUAAGCUUAUGAAAUAAAUUCAUGAUUUUCAGGAUAACCACACAGUGAGUACAGACAUGGAGUACACAUAUUAGAAGAUUAGAACUUGAAAGUUAAACCAUCUGUUUAUUCAUUUGUAUGUUAUUUAUUCACCCACUUACUCAUUUAUUCCAUGAAGGUUUAUGAAAUCUGUCACGUGUCACGUUGAGUGUACAAAAAUGAAUAAAAUGAACUUGCAGCUCUCAGCCCUCAGGGAGCUGGCACCUGUCAACUACUCUGCCUCUGUCUCCAUCCAUCCGUCCACCCACCCAUCCAUCCAUCAACCCAUCCCUCCAUCCUCCAUCCAUCCAUCCAUCCUCCAUCCAUCCAUCCUUCUACCCUCCAACCACCCACCCAUCCUCCAUCCAUCAUCCAUCCACCCUCCAUCCAUCCAUCUACCCACCCAUCCAUCCACCCACCCACCUAUCCUCCAUCUAUCCAUCCAUCCAUCCAUCCAUCCAUCCAUCCAUCCAUCCUCCAUCCAUUCUUUCAUCUUCCAUCCACCCACCCAUCUUUCCAUCCACCCACCCACCCAUCCUCCAUCUAUCCUCUGUCCACCCAUCCAUGCAUCCAUCCAUCCAUCUAUCUAUCCAUCCAUCCUUCCAUACACCAACCCACCCAUCCACCCAUCCACCCAUCCAUCCAUCAUCCAUCCUCCAUCCAUCCAUCCACCUCUUAUCCAUCCUCCAUCCAUCCUCCAUUUAUCAUCCAUCCAUCCAUCCUCCACACAUACUCCAUCCAUCCACCCAUCCUCCAUCCAUCCAUCCAUCCAUCCAUCCAUCCAUCCAUCCAUCAAUCCAUCCAUCUCUUAUCCAUCCUCCAUCCAUCCUCCAUUUAUCAUCCAUCCAUCCAUCCUCCACACAUACUCCAUCCAUCCACCCAUCCUCCAUCCAUCCAUCCAUCCAUCCAUCCACCCAUCCAUCCUCCAUCCAUUCAUCCAUCUUCCAUCCACCCAUACAUUCACCUACCCAUCCUUCCAUCCAUCGAUCCAUCGAUCCAUCCAUCCAUCCAUCCUUCCUUCCAUCCACCCACCCAUCCACGCCUUAUCCAUCCUCCAUCCACCCUCCAUUUAUCAUCCAUCCAUCCAUCUUCCAUCCAUCCACCCUCCAUCCAUCCACGCACCCAUCCAUCUUCCAUCUAUCCUCCAUCCACCCACCCACCCACCCACCCAUCCAUCCAUCCAUCCUUCCAUUCACCCACCCAUUCAUCCAUCCAUUAUCCAUCCAUGAACCCACCCAUUCACCCAUCCAUCAUCCAUCCAUCCACCUACCCACCCCUUAUCCAUCCUCCAUCCAUCCUCCAUUUAUCAUCUAUCCAUCCAUCCAUCCAUCCAUCCAUCUAUCCUCC